UGACUGCGGAAAUCUCAUGCUUCUAAUAAGCAUCAAUUUUAAACGCGAACCUCUCAAACAGUAAAAACAUCCCAUUCUAUUCUCUAUUUCGAUCUGACUUCGAAAGAGAGCGGGCGUUCCGAAAGGCACGGGAAAUUUGGAUUAACUGGUUAGAGAAAAACCCUGUAAAUUUUCUCUGAUUUGUGCGCAGAAAGGUUUUUGAAGAUAUUGAGUCAGUUAUUACUGGUACUCUUCAACGCUAAUUGUAGCCCGAGUUUGCAAUUGAAAUUUGCGGGAACUGAAUUGUAAUUGUGGCAGUGAAGAAGGUGAAAUGGAAGAUGGGCAAAGAGUAACGGCGAACCCCCAGGCGGUGCUCACUGCGCUCUUCAACAAGCGAGAGAAGUUGCAUGAAGAGCUUCGAAUCGUCGAGAAACAGGUUUAUGAUUUAGAGACUAGCUAUUUGCAAGAUUCAAGUCAAUGUGGAAAUGUUCUAAAGGGUUUUGAAGGGUUUCUCUCAUCUACUAAAAAUACUGCAAACUUAAAGCGGUCACGGAAGUUUCAGCCUGAAGACAGACUUUUCUCAUUGUCAUCGGUCACGUCACCUGCAGUUGAAGAACAUGCAGUAGCUCGAGAUGAUGGAAGGGCAGAUACUGCUCCGGGACGUUCUAAGGCCACUGGUAUGCCUGCAAAUGGGCAGGGCAAGCAAAAGAAAGGACGGACUGUUCCAAGGGAGGGAAAGAGAAUAAAACAAUCCAAUGAGCAAGAUCUUGAUGAUGAUGAUGAUAUGGACUUAAGUUUAAGAUAGGCAAAGUGUGAUACUAGAUGCCAAUGCUCUUGGAAAUAUUUUAGGGCAUUUAAGAGAAUUACCAGUUGAUUGCAUCACUAAUAUUUUUUAGAUUCUUGUGGUGAGUAUUGCCAAUGUGGUUCUGGUAAAUAUCUGUCAUUUGGUUAUAUAUGUAACUUUAUUGGGAUUUAACAAUCUUGUACAAUGUAAUGUAUAAAGUUCACAUAUUAAAGAUUGUGCCUUCCAUGUUUUUAUCGA